AUGAUUGGCUUUUUGGUGGGCUUAAUAUUCUCCAAGUGGGCUUUGCUUGUGUAUUUUCUCAUCUAUUUAGCCUUUAAAUGGAGCACAGCAACUUACAGUAGUUUUCAGAGUCGAGGCCUUAAAUUUAUACCACCUUUUCCCCUGUUUGGUAACUUUAAAAAUGUUAUUCUGCAGACAAACAGCUUCAAAAAUGUCGUGCAAGGCUUCUACGAUUAUUUCCCUAAAGAAAAAGUCAUUGGCAUCUUUGAGAUGCGCAAACCAAUGUUCCUGAUUCGUGAUCCUGAACUGAUUAAGCAGCUAACGGUGAAGGACUUUGAUCACUUCCAAGAUCAUCGAGCGAACCUAGAUGAAGACAUUGAGCCAAUAUUUGGACGAAGUCUCGCUAUACUCAAAGGCCAAAGAUGGCGAGAUAUGAGAUCAACUCUAAGUCCAGCUUUUACCGGCAGCAAAAUGAGAACCAUGUUCCACUUGGUUUCUGACUGUUGCACAGAUACUGUGUCUUACUUACAGAACCAGGUGCAGGACAACGAACCUUUCUUGAUAGACCUCAAGGACCUCUUCACGAGACUAACAAACGACGUCAUUGCCACCUGUGCCUUCGGACUCAAAGUAGAUUCACUCACCAAUCAAAACAAUGAGUUUUAUCUCGCCGGAAAGCAAGCGACUAACUUCAAAGGAAUUCGCAGUUUAAAGUUCUUCAUUGUGACACAAUUUCCGAAACUCGCUAAGAUUCUGAAAGUCAGUAUCUUUGAGCGGAAAUUUUGUACCUUCUUCAGAGACUUAGUAUGGAAUACAAUCCGACAUCGGGAACAGGAAAGUAUAGUUCGUCCGGACAUGAUUAAUCUGCUGAUUCAGGCGCGAAGAGGAAAACUAGAAGAACGUGAUGAUCAAGAAAGCCAUAAGGCAGGAUUUUCUGUGGUCGAGGAAAGCACAGUCGGCGAAGCUAUUCAUCAUAAUAAAUUGCAGGAAGACGAUCUGACAGUUCAGUGUAUGAUUUUCUUUCUGGCGGGCUUUGAGACUGUCAGCACUUGCAUGAGUUUCACGGCUCACGAACUGGCAACCAAUCCCGAUGUUCAGAAAGCCUUACUAACUGAAGUUGAUGCCACUGAACAGAAAUUGAAUGGGAGACCUUUAACGUAUGAAGCUCUGCAUAACAUGCUAUACCUUGACAUGGUGAUUUCUGAGAGUCUAAGAUAUUGGCCGCCAGGUAUUGCUCUGGAUCGGUUAUGCGUUGAACCAUACAUUAUGAAAGUGGAUGGCAAAAGUUACGAAAUGAAAGUAGGAGAGAGUAUCUUAAUUCCAGUGGUGAGUCUCCAUCAUGAUCCUAAGUACUUCCCUAAUCCGUCUAAAUUCGAUCCUGAGCGUUUCAAUGAAGAAAACAAGUAUAAGAUCACACCGUUCACAUAUCUACCUUUUGGCGUGGGUCCUCGAAAUUGCAUAGGAUCCAGAUUUGCUCUGAUGGAGACAAAGGCAAUUCUUUAUCACAUCCUGACCAAGUUCACAUUUGAGGUGUCUGAGAAAACUCAAGUGCCCCUAAAACUGGCCAAAGCCGGCCUCCAAGUGCAACCUGAAAGGGGUUUCUGGGUGAAUCUAAAGCCCAGAAGAGGCGUACAUUUCUAAUUAAUCAGAAGACAACCGUAAAAAUUCCAGAAUCAGUCAUCGCGCGCACAGUUGUGUUCUCGACGAGGCGAGAUAGGGAUCAAGGCGCAGAAGGAGGAGGAAAAAAAAUCCAGGUAUGGAUGUGACUCUCUGGGAUUCUCGCUGUGAAUAA